CACCAGGGUAUAGGGACUCCCCCCACCUUGGACUAUUGUGCUCAUGUCUGCAGUAGAUGCUGUGCUGAGUUUGUUGAACUAUCAGAUCUGGAACGACAUGUCAGGGAUUGCUUUUCCAAUCAGUUAGUCCUGAUUGUCAAUGACAAUGAAGACCUAGUGUCGUCUGCUGAAAUGUUCCCUCUAGCCUCGUCGCCCAGUACACCAGGCGAAACAGUCAACAACUCUGAAAUGGAAGAGUGCAGUGAUCUGUUGGAUGAGAAACCAGAGGGGAAUGAAGACUCUAUGGAUGUUUCCAGAAGUAAGAGAAGCAAUGGCCGGCUAGAUAGCAGCCGGAGCAGCAGUACUGACAGCCUGACUGAUAUUGACUCGUGUAUCUCAGUUCUCCCAAUUUCACUACCUCAACCUGGCAACAAACUGUCGGAACAGCAGGGGACAUUAUCAUGGUUCAACAGCAACGUCAUCAUUGAAAACCUAGAGAGCACUAAAGUGGCCGUGGCCCAGUUUUGCCAGCAGAGCCGAUCGGACACCGGCUACAGUGGCAGUAGUAAGAUGGCCAUCUCAUCUCUGAUGGAGAAACUCCUGGGUCUGCAGCUGCAACAGAUCCACCAGUUGCAGCUGAUGGAUCAGAUUUGUCACCAGGUCUUACUGUUUGCCUCCCAGAGGUCAGAGGAAUCAGAGUCUCCAACACAGACACCCAUCAGCUGCCCUCAGGGUAGUCUAGCAUCAACGCAGGCCAGCCAGCUGACAACCCUCAGUUCUCAUCUAUCCCAGCAGCUAGCUGCAGCCACUGGGUUAGCCCACAGUCUCGCCACUCAGUCUGCCAGCAUCAGUCACUUUAAACGAUUAACAGCAACAGUACAGUUACCACAGAGCCCCCUUGGUAGCAGCAUUGUGCACUCUAGCACCGAACCCUUACAAAGCAUGGGUAAACUCAUAGCUUCAGCAGUUAGCAAGCCCCACUCUAGAAAGAAGUACACAGCCCAUACCAAAAUGAACUCACCAGCACUUGGCACAGGUAUCUUGCUAAAGCCAUUGAAUAAACCAUGUCUGCCUCAGCCACCAUCCAGCAAUCAAACACUCUCGAGUGCUGGACCAAGCAUUGGUGCAAUUGUGGAGGAUCUGAAUGCUUUGACGGCAUUAGCCCAACAAAGGAAAGACAAACCAACCAAUGUGACUUCUUUAGAACGCAAAAUGUCUUCUGAACGGGCUUACUUUAAACACAAAUGCAGGUUUUGCGCUAAGGUAUUUGGGAGUGACAGUGCCAUGCAGAUCCAUUUGCGAUCCCACACUGGGGAGAGGCCAUACAAGUGCAACAUCUGCGGGAAUCGUUUCUCCACCCGUGGGAACUUGAAGGUACACUUCCAGCGGCACAAAGAGAGGUACCCUCACAUCCAGAUGAACCCUUACCCUGUUCCAGAACACCUUGACAAUAUCCCAACCAGCACAGGAAUCCCUUAUGGUAUGUCUAUGCCACCACAAAAACCAGUUACAUGCUGGCUGGAGAGUAAAUCAUCUCUAGCCACCUUGACUACUUCUGUUGGCCAGUUGCUCCCAACUGUAUCACCCAACUUACCUUUUCUUAUCAAGAAAGAGGAGCAGCCUGUCUCAAUAACCACACUUUCCAGUCCAGGCAUACGUGAAUCAUCUAGUGCGGUAAAGUCUACCAAGUGUGUUGACCUUGUAGAGCCUGGAAAAGUCCCCACCGUCCCCACCUUGAAUCUGAAAAGAGAAGAGGUUAAACCCCCUUUGACCUUUGUCUCAAGGAUGAGUUCGAGAAAAGAAGGAUCAGCUGACUAUAUAUCCGCCAACAUCACUUCCAUUAGCACAAAUCCCAUCAAGUUGGAGCAGUUCAAGAUCAAACGUCCCUUCGGAGGAGUCCAUGAUCCCCUGCAGACAUCAGAGACCUCAAAACUCCAGCAGCUAGUGGAGAACAUUGACAAGAAGAUUACGGACCUCAACGAGUGCAUCAUUUGCCACCGCAUACUUAGUUGCCAGAGCGCCCUCAGGAUGCACUACCGCACCCACACAGGAGAGCGGCCCUUCAGAUGUAAAGUGUGCGGACGGGCAUUCUCUACCAAAGGGAAUCUGAAGACGCACCAUGCAGUUCAUCGUGCCACGCCUCCACUGAGGGUCCAGCACUCCUGUCCCAUAUGCCAGAGGAAGUUCACCAACGCUGUUGUCCUACAGCAGCAUAUUCAUAUGCACAUGGGUGGCCAGAUUCCCAACACUCCUGUCUCUGAACAGAGCUACCCAAAGUCAAUGGAGUCUGGCAGAGGUUCAGUGGAUGAAAGGAAAUUAGAAGAGUUAGAGAACUUUUCUGAUGGUGAUAUGGACUUCAAUGACUGUGGGAUUGCAGGUAUGUCCAGGUUUAUUAACUCCUUAUCUGGCAGCUUGUCUCCUUCUGAUAGUACAGGAGCAGGCUCCUUUGAUGCCCAGAAGAAACUCAACUAUCUUAGGCCAGUGGAGGAGAUGCAGGUCAGCUGGUUUAAGACAAAGGGACUGGCUAAAGAGGAUCAAUAUGCCUAUGACUCAUCAUCUCUUUGCGGUGACCGAAGUGAUGGGAGACUUGCUGUUUCUGAGAAUACAGCUGCAAAGCACUUUUUUUCCCCAAGCGAGAGUGUUCCAGUAUGUUCUAGCCCCACAAGCUGUGAGGAAAGGUACCAGAAUGGUUUAUCCCAGGCACAUAUCAAUCCAAGCCCUCUGCAAUUCACUGACACUGGCAUGGCAUCUCUUCACCACCUAAAAUCUUUAAACCCACUAACGAAUCCCACUAAUAUGGUCCACACAUUCUGUGAACAACGAGGCAUUUUUAAGAACACUGCAUGCAAUAUUUGCAGCAAGACAUUUGCCUGCCAAAGUGCCUUGGAUAUCCAUUAUCGAAGCCAUACCAAGGAGAGACCCUUCAUUUGCACAGGGUGCAACAGAGGGUUCUCCACUAAGGGGAAUCUCAAACAGCACAUGCUAACCCAUCAGAUGAGAGACCUGCCAUCCCAGUUGUUUGAGCCCUCCAUUCCCAGCCUUGCUUCCAGCCCCAAUUCCUUUGUAAAUCCUCUGGCCUCCCAAAUGAUUAAGCCAGAAGUUAACAGUUUCCUGGGUAGCGUCCCCUAUGGGGAACCAAGGGAUCUUCAAGGCAGUUUGAGUUUGAGGAUGUCCUCAGCCUCCUCCUCCCCAGCGCUCGCUGCCCUGCCACCUCGACGAACUCCCAAGCAGCAUUACUGCCACACUUGUGGGAAAACCUUCUCUUCCUCCAGCGCCUUGCAAAUCCACGAGAGGACUCACACUGGGGAGAAGCCGUUCGCUUGCACUGUCUGUGGUCGGGCAUUCACCACCAAAGGAAAUCUGAAGGUCCAUAUGGGAACUCACAUGUGGAGUAGUGCCCCCACCAGGCGAGGACGCAGACUGUCUGUGGACGGACCAUUGAUGUUUAUGGGAACCCAUCCUGUGAAGCUAUCAGAGCCAAUUCAGAGGCCAGACAUUAGGUCCAGUAAUGGAGACUCCUUUAGUCUCUGGAACCACUGUACAGACUCCUUCUCUAAGAAUUUGGCCUUGAGGACCAAUGAUAUCUCAGUCAUCCAGAACGGAGGUGGGCCUUACCUCUCUGGACCAAUGGGGCAUGGGGCCAGCUCAACCAAAGGGAGUGUAAAUGUUGGUCUAGACAAAUUUCCCAGUACAGAACACAAUGCUUCUUUGACGCUGCCUGGGGAAAAUGAUACAGAAAGAGCGACUUACUUCCAUUUCACUCAUUUGAUGGAGGAGAGGAAGGAAAUGAUUGCCAAUUAAAGAGACUGUAUAUUAUUUUAGGGAGAGGGAAGGCUGCUGUUGUUGAUGGACUAGAGCUUUCUUUUUUGAAGGAAAUUAAUUGCGAUGUUGGAAUAGACUGAGUUUCUUUGAGUUUGUGUAUAAAUGAUAAUAACCUUAUUUGGAGUCAAGUGUCUAGUAAAGUCUCCCUGCUUUUCAGUGUGCUUAUUAGAGUUUGCCUGUUUUUUAUGACCUAUUUACAUGGGUAAAAUAGCCUAUUGGUUGUGUAAUUAUGCUUAAUGUUACGGUUUUAUAAUUCUAAUAGAAUUUUGAGGUGUUGAUUAUGUUAUUGAAGAGGAAUUCACUUGUAACAUACUUUGUCAUAUCUUUGUGAAACACAUGGAUAUAUAAUUGAUGUGUCAAUAUCAAUGUACUAAUAUACUUUAUACAUCGGGUGGGUCUAAUCCUGAAUGCUGAUUGGUUAAAACCGUAUUCCAGACGGUGUCUAUUCCACA